AUGGCCACUUCAACAUCGUCUACCACGACAUCGCCCACUGCGACCUCAACUGGCAACCCUGGUAACAAUGGAGGCUCUGGUCCGAGUUCGCCACUGCUCUUUUUCGUGGCUCUGGGCUUCGGCGUCGUCUUUACGAACUUAUGGAUCAUCGUCGGUGUCAAAUACUGUUUCAGAUACAAUCAGCGCAACCGACAGCGCAUGAAUGGCGAAGACCCAGAUGGAGUAGAUCUUGCAGCGAUGCCCCGACAACACCGCCGCAGGCGGGAAAAGAAGCUCAUGACCAUUGAGGAAGUCAACGAAAAGUUCCCCUUGACAAAAUAUAAGACAUGGCGUUCCAAUCGUGCUGAAGAGGGCCUACCCACUGCUGGAGGGAUUACCACUGCCUCUCGCCCGGCUAGUAUACACAAUGCUCAACGGGAUUCCAAGGAUUCAAAGGAAAUUGGAGCUCAGGAAUUGGCGCAUGCGCAAACAAACUCUACGGCUGAGGAGAAAACUCCUGAGCACGGUGAGCCAGAGGUUGUGGAAGGUGAAAAGAGUAACAUGGACAACAAUCGGCCGGUCACGCCAUCUAGUCCCAGAUCCGCUCCAUCUACCGUGACACCCGGCACUCCUGUGCACAAAGUCACCAGUCACGAUGAUGACGAUGAAGACGAAGAACGGAUCCAAACUGCCCUUCCUGCCGAGCAAUUACCUGAUCCUGGCGACGCUUGUGCCAUUUGUAUCGACAAUAUCGACGACGACGACGACAUUCGCGGGCUGCAUUGUGGUCACGCAUUCCAUGCCUCGUGCGUUGACCCUUGGUUGACAUCGCGCCGGGCCUGUUGUCCUCUUUGCAAGGCGGAUUAUUACGUCCCCAAGCCUCGACCCGAAGGUGCCGAAGCGAAUCCAACUAACCUGCAGCCGCCCCAAGCGACGUUUUCGAUCAUCGGAAAUGGUCGACCGGGCCGGAGACCUGCAAUGAUCAUCCCGGGCAGAUUCAUGAGUAUUGUCUACCACGAUCGCGAUCGACAUGGAUUCCCGCUUGUAGUGCGUGCCGAGCGGGCAGAUCAGUCAACUCGAGAACAGGAUCGACGGCGGCAAAGAGAGAGACUACCGAGCUCGAACACCACGGCCAGCCAAGAAGGGGCCGACACUCAGCCAUCAUGGAGAUCACGGUUCGGCUUGAGAAUGCCAGGUCGAAGUCGACAGACACAGACACCACCGGCGGCUCCGGAAGCCCUGCCUACCCCUUCACAGCUUGAAGCUGGAAGAUGA